AUGGGUUCUUCCAGGGGAAUUAGCAUGGGUUUUGAUCUUUCUUCCCUCAUUGAACCAGUUGAGGGUUUAGAUAUUCUCACUAAGCCUUUUGAGAAGGAGGAAAUGGACAAGAUUGUCAAACAUAUGCCAGUUGAUAAAGCUCCAGGUCCAGAUGGUUUUAAUGGUCUCUUCUUCAAAAGGUGCUGGCACAUAAUUUCUCAGGAUUUUUAUGAACUGGCCCAGGCUUUCUUUGAUGGCACUGCUCAUCUGGAAAAUAUCAAUGACUCAUAUAUAACUCUGGUGCCUAAGAAGCCCUCACCUGAAGAGGUGGGUGACUUCAGACCUAUCUCUUUAACAGGAAUGGGUCUUAAGUUCCUAUCUAAGAUGGCAGCCAAUAGGUUUCAAGAGGUGAUUAUGCAGUGUGUUCACAAGAACCAGUAUGGUUUCAUAAAAAGCAGAACAAUUCAGGAUUGUAUUGGGUGGACUUUUGAGUAUUUACACCAGUGUCACCAGUCCAAGAGACCUAUUGUGAUUCUAAAGUUGGAUUUUGAGAAGGCUUUUGAUUCCCUUGAGCAUGAGGCCAUGGUGCAAAUAUUGAGAUAUAAGGGCUUUAAUGAGAAGUGGAUUCUUUGGAUGAAGCAACUUUUGUCCAUAGGUACCUCAUCUGUUCUGCUUAAUGGAGUUCCCGGUAGGAAGUUCAGAUGUAAAAAGGGUGUCAGACAGGGUGAUCCAGUCUCUCCCCUCCUUUUUGUCCUAGCUGCUGAUCUCCUGCAGACUGUAAUCAAUGACAUGUUCAAAAGGGGCAUUCUUCAUCUACCUAUACCUUGUCAUGACCAGGACUACCCUGUGAUUCAGUAUGCUGAUGACACUUUAAUUAUCUUGCCUGCUGACAAGGACCAACUUAUAGCUCUGAAGGACAUGCUCAAGGUCUUCUCUGUGUACACUGGUCUUGAUGUGAACUACCACAAAUCCUUUAUUAUUCCCAUCAAUGUGGACACUGCUGUCAUGACUGAAUUAGCUGCUGCAUUUGGAUGCCAGAUUGGGAAAAUGCCUUUUACCUACCUUGGUUUGGCUGUUCCUGCUGGAAUACUAAAGCAAUUGGAGAGAAUCCAGAGACAAUGCCUCUGGAGGAAGAAUAGGGGAUAUAUGCAAGGUCAUGCAAAAAACUUUAGGGAGUGUGCUUGGGUUCAGAUUAAUGGAGGGGACACUGCCCUCAUGUGGUCAGACAACUGGCAACUUGAUGAUCAGGUGUCUAGCCUUCAAUUCAGAUUUCCCAGGCUCUAUUCCUAUGUUAAGGACCCCUGGAUCACUGUUCAAGAGUUCUUGGACUCUCAGAACAUGUUCCAGCACUUCCACCUUCCUUUGUCCAGCCAGGCUUUUGAUGACCUGACCACUCUCCAGUGUCUGUUGGGUGGCCACAAUAGAACACCUGGGUCCAAGGAUAUUUGGUUUUGGAAUGGCACUGCCAAGGGAUACUCACCAAAGUUGUUUUACUCACAUACUUUUGCAUCAGAAUCCUUCAACCCUUUGACAGCUUGGAUGUGGAAGUCCUUCUGUACAAUGAAAAUCAAAGUACUCGCUUGGAUGCUUAUUAUGGACAGGUUGAACACCAAGGACAUGGUGGACAGGAGGCAUUGGCAUUUGGAGGAUGGAGUAAAUUGUGUCCUUUGUCCUUUGCAGACUAGGGAAACAAGAGAUCAUCUGUUCUUUAAUUGCAAUUUUAGUGUCAGAGUUUGGAACUAUCUGCAAAUUGAUUGGUCAUCUGGUGACUCCAUGGCUGAUUUAGUUAUUAAUGCUAGCAGGAGUUUUAGGAAGCCCUUCUUCACUGAAGUGGUGUUUAUUGCUUGCUGGAAUAUCUGGAUUCUCAGGAACGCUAAGGUGUUCAGGCAUGAGAGAGCUGGAUUCAAUAAAUGGAGAAGUGCAUUCAUCCAUGAUAUUAGCUUAAUGCAAUAUAGAGUGAAAGCUGCCUAUAAGGAUGAUCUCCAUAGAUGGAUCUCAUUUCUGCCACCUUGA